UCUUAACCUUUUACGCAUGCGUGUUACCUAAAGUAUCCAAACCAUGACUGCAGCUGCGCAUGCGUGACAGUGCUUUAGGCCACACGCGGCGUCUAUGGCAUAGUAACAGUCACCUAGCAACUCGCCACCAAGAGACGCCAAACAUCACCUGACUCUAAAACCUGGGCCCGACACAAAGCUGCAACAGAUCUCACAGCAGCACCGCAAUAUCUUAUCACUGAGUACAUCACACUGCGCUAGCUCAUCAUGGCAACUGAUGUCUGGGUUGGAACAUGGAGACCUCACAGGCCACGGGGUCCGAUCGCUGCCCUAUACAGCAGCCCAGGACCCAAAUAUGGUCUUCCAGGAAACACAGGUUACGUGCAACAUGACCCCAGUAAAUAUCGUGCCCCGGCAUACAGCUUUGGCACUCGCCGGUUCAAGUUUGUUGAUGACUGCUCGCCAGGCCCCGGGUAUCUAGUCCCAGCUAAUAUUACUAUGAGAGGCAAGGAUGGGAGCCCAGCAUACUCCAUCUACGGGAGACCCCGUGAUCUAGACAGCUUCAGGACACCAGGACCAGGCAGUUAUUCUCCAGAACGUGCAGGGAAAUCUGCUUAUCGCUCGGCUCCAGUCUACUCACUGGGGGCAAGGACUAAAACCUUCAGUAAUGACCAAACACCAGGGUCAAUUAAUGAUUAG